AUUUUGAAGAUGGUUCCCAACCCGGAAGACUUCUGACAAAAUGUACAACAGCCAGCACACGUGAUUUUCAUGGUACUGACGUCAAAACCUACGUGUGGCAGAGUACUGUUUUGACAUACUGUUUAUAUGAUGUGGGGUUUCUCGCGACUUUAGUAACAGUUUGAAUACUGAAUAUUUGAUUUAAACUCCAGAGCGAAUCUGGUUUUCUUUGACAGGUCUGUCCAUUGGCAUGUCAUUAAUUUAUUGGCGAAUGAAGUUCUGAUAUAAUUGUGGGGAAAGUCCAAUAGAUUUAUAUGCCUCCAUGUUUUCUGUGCAUAUUGUUUUCAUUGGCUGUUCUUGUUAUGCAGGUCACUAUCUACGCUUCCACCAAAAACUGCAGAGAGCAAUUCACACUUCAACAACAUGUUACGUUAUAGAUUAUUAUCAGAACUGUGGUAAGACGUGUGUGUCAGCAUGGAUGAACGGAAAUGUUUCCGGAAGUCGUAAAAUGUUCUUUAGAAACCGGAAAGUGUAGAAACGGGCGGGAUAGGAGAUGACUGUUUGCGACCUAUAUUAGCGUACAAGUUUCUCCAGUCCAGUCCUGGGGAUCCUGCACAUUUGCAAGGUUUCCUCGCUUCCAAUACACAUAACCCAACUCAUGACUGAUAUGAGAAACCUGAUGAGCUGAAUCUAGUGUCUUUAGGAGUUAGGAAGGCAUAAACUAUGCAGAACCCAUGUGUUAGACCUCAGUUGAUGUGUGUAUGGAAGUGUUGCUUCAUGAAUUUGUAACUAGUGUCUUGUUGCAUUUGCAGAAAUUUCAUCACUAGAUUUUGAAGGUCUUCGGCUCACUAGCAUAGAACCGUAACUGCGGAAAUAACACACUCCAGAUGCAGUGCCUAGAACAUCCUGUGGAGAAACUGCGCUCAGUUCUCCUCUCCACUCGUAAGGAUCUGAUCGAGGCGUAUGAGCAGUACAGUAGAGAGGAAAAGUGUUUUCUUGAGGCGGGUCUCCUCCCUGGCAGUUCGCUUUUCACUGCCAUCACCGUUCACUCUGAUUCUGACUGGAUUUCUGCCCACCCCGAAGCUCCUCAGGACUUUCAGAGCUUCUACAGCAACCCAUACCGCAGCACACCCGACACUGGCCACAAGACCAUUUAUAUUCAAGCAAUUGGAUCCUUUGGGGAUGAAGCUGGGAUCACUGAGCAGUAUGUGGAGUGGCUGAGGGAGUACUGUGAGGCAUUUUACAACGGCCUGACGGUCAAACUCCUACCAGCAGUGACUGUUGCAGCCAGCAGCUGCACAUUUCGUGUCAACAGCAACACAAAUAACCUGCAGCUUCAUGCUGGAGACCUAUUGGCGUUUUUGAAACAGAGGAAGCCAAAAGAUGCAUUUUGCAUUGUUGGGAUCACCAUGAUUGAUUUGUACCCAAAAGACUCCUGGAAUUUUGUCUUUGGUCAAGCAUCGCUCACUGAAGGAAUGGGGGUUUUCAGCUUUGCUAGGUAUGAUGAUGACUUCUACAAAAGGAGUUAUGCUGGGCGGCUGAAGAAGGCGAUAAGACUGAAGCCAGGGGAUUACAGUGUUUUCCAGGGCUACUACACACCUCCCAUUAGCAGCACUCUGCUUCUCCGCUCAUGUAAGACUCUGACUCAUGAGAUUGGACACAUAUUUGGUAUCAAGCACUGCCAGUGGCUCCAGUGUGUUAUGCAAGGCUCCAACCAUUUAGAGGAAUCAGAUCGUCGUCCACUAGACCUUUGUCCCAUCUGCCUCAGGAAACUACAGUGUGCCAUUCGCUUCAAGAUUGCAGACAGGCUUUGCUACAGUGGAUAGACAAUGGAACUGGAAAUUCUGACCAACAGUCAGGCAAACCCACACUAGCUUUCCAAGACUUCAGACAGUGGUUAAUUAAGUGUUUGAGCAUACUGGCAGAUGAAUCAAUUUAAGUCUUUUACAUGUUAGUAAGGACGAUAAGCAGAAAUGAUAUUUAAUAUAUGGUAGAUAUGUUGUGUUCAUAGAGACAAGAUUGCAUUAUUCUUCUGUGUAGAAACUUUAAUGUAAAUAACAGAUGUUGAAUUACAAUAUUUACUACAAAAAUUACUAUUAAAUGUAUGACACUUUUGACUUAGAUUUGUCUGAAACAUUACUUUAAAUAAAAAAUUCUAAAAAAAAAGUGUCUUUGUGUGAAA